CGCAACCAACUCAAAAACCACUUGGAAUGUCUGGUGAUGACCAAUCAUUUCAGUUUCCUCCUUUAGAAAUACACGAGAUUGUUCGUCAACUCAGAAGUAUAGGCAACAUUUUGACCGAGGAAAAUGACUUCACAAGACCAGAUCCUAACAGAUGGGCAAAACUUUAUCCACAGAUUUUAGAAGCUUUAGAAGGUGUACCAUAUGAAAGCACAUUACAGAAUUCCUUACAUUUCGCAUCAUUUGAAUAUCCAGAACUGUAUGAGGAGUCCAUGCCAGCAGUGGUACUAACCCUAGCAUUAUCGAGAGUCUUAGGAUCUUGUGGCAUAAAGAACUUCAGUAUAGCAGAUAUACAUGAACCAAAACCUGCCAGAUUGAGGAGGAUUUGCAGUGCUGUAGUAAACUUUAUAUUGUUUAAAGGUCAACAAUGUGACGUGUACAGAAAUCUACGAGAGGAAACGGAGAGUUCUGUUAAAGAGUUUGAACAUGUGGCGAAGAUGAAUGCUGAACUAAAAAUGAAAAUAAAUGCUAUUAAAUCUGUACGAUCUGAGCAAGAACCAGAAAUAAUCAGGGUACAACAAGAUAUACAAGCCAGAACUGUCACCAUGAAUGAAAUGGAAAAAGUUAAGAAUGAAAAGAAAAAGGCCAGUAGUGAAAUAAAGGAGGCUGUAGCUGAGAAGCAAGCAAAUAAUGAAAAGAUAAGAGUAAUGACACUUAAGACAAAAGAAGAAAUGGACAGAUUAUCACAGAAAAUUGUACAGUCACCCGAGAGAGUGAGAGAGGGACAGGAAAAUAUGAAACAACAACUGGUCAACAUGAAAUGUGGAAUGGAUAAGAAAUGGGAGUCAUUACAGGAAAUGGAACAACGAUUGGAGACUGUGAUUCAGGGCACUACAAAAGUGGAUCAAAUGUUAAAGUUAUUAACAGACUUAAAGAAUGACAAAGACAAGGGGAGUGAAAUUUCCAAUGAAAUAAAUCAUAUAGUAGAGAAAAGUCAAGAACAAAGAAUGACACUGACACAUCUACGUGCCAAGAAAGACCAAUUACAACAGAUAAUGAAUGGAAAGUUAGAGAAACGGGACAAGCUAGACCUACAACAACAAAAUAAACACCAAAGUUUGAUGGAGGCUGUUAAUUCGCUUCAACAACAGAAAGAAUUUUUCCGACAAAGAUUUGAUACUGAUGAAGCACAAAAAUCUGGUAUAAGGAAACAAGAACAACAAAUUAUAGACAGUAUAAAUGAAGAAUACAGAAAAUUUGAGAGAAAGAAAGAAGUAAUAAUGAGCCUGUAUCAUCAAAUUUUAGAAAGGAUUGACAAUAACCAUAAAGAAUUAGGAGGUGGUUGGGAAGCCCUAUGUGAAAUCAUGCACAAAGUUACAAAGCAACUGGACAACUGACCUUAUUCAAUGCAUAUAUGGUGGAAUUAUGUUUCGAGAUGAAAAUAACCAUAAAGAAUUUGGAGCUUUAUUUUUGGUCAUGCGCCAAGUUUUACAGCAACUGGACAAAUAAAAGUAGGCUUAUUCAAUGUACAUAUAUAGGAUGGAAUUGUGCAAUUAUCAUGUUUUUGAAAUGUUAUUGUAUAUAUUUCACUGAUAACACAGCAAUUGUUGUUGAGGAUAAAGAUACAGCCCAUGUAUGUUAUAACAACUGCCAAAGCUCAAAGAGUGAAAGAAACAGAUGUCUGAAAAUUGGAUGUUUAGAAAAAUCUAUAAUCUUGUUGGGGGGAAAAAAACAUUUUAAAGUUUAUUUUGAGGUUACAGAAAACAUUUUUAACAGAAAAAAGAAUUUCAUGUUACAUGUAUUAUUUAAAUACCAUAUUUUUUUAUUUGACCAAUUGCUAUUUUCAAUUACCUUUUGUAAGCAUAAUUGCAACUGCUCAAAUGUUUUGAGUCAUCAAAAAGAUUGUUAUACUUAGAUAUAUGUAAAUAUGUAAAUAUAGACUUGCUGAAACAAUGCCUCCUUGAUACCUUGUAAGGUUCUGUUUAGUGGAUACCAAUGGUCUGCAUGUCUCUCAAAUACACUCAAAUUGACAAAAACACUUUUAAAUUUAAUUGUAACUUUUAUUAUUAUACAUACUACACAAAUUAGAUCUGGGUCCUCAAAAAGAUACUACAGAAAUAAAAUUCCUGAUGUACGAGGUGCGGUCAUUAUGUAUGUGACAUUAAAUUGUGCAUCUUCUUGUGUGUUUUGUUAUGGAAUAUUAUAUGUAUUAAUGUCAUUAUGUAGAUAAAAAUGUAUAAAAUAGAAUGCAAUGAAACUAAAAUAAUAAAAAUUCAGAACUAAUCCA